AUUGAUUUUUUGCUCAAAUGUGUGGUGUCUGUUGAAACAAACAUCAGCAGUGCGCUUUUGACCCCAAGAGCGCCCCAUAAACCCAAGGCCGAAAAUGUUUCAGCCCUCCAGCUGCCAGGUCAAUCACAUCCCUGCUUAAUAUGUGCAUGAUGGGAAAGUUUUAGAAUCUUGGCCUGACUCCUGUUCUCUUUGCUAGCAACAUGCAGGCCGUGUCGCAGAACAUCUCCAGGAUGGUGCAUGACAGAGUUGCAUCAUCAAAUCCUGUGACCAUGUCCGUAAAUUGUGGUGGACCAAUCAGUGCGAUAGCUCAGAACAGGGAUGGAACACAGGUUGUGGUCGGGGGAAGGACAGUUUUUAAGAUCUACAAUGUGGAAGAUGACUGUUUUGAGGAGAAGUUUAACCUGCGUGUUGGCAAACAUGUCAACCUUAACUACUGUGCCCUUGACAUUGCAUGGAAUAACAUUGAUGACAAUCUUCUGGCAACCGGGGCCACAAAUGGCGCAGUUGUGCUUUGGGACCUGAACAAACCAACUCGCUGUAAACAAGAGCAUGUGUUUACGGAGCACAAACGGACGGUUAACAGAGUUUGCUUUCAUGAGAGUGAGCACAGAUUUCUGUUGAGUGCCUCCCAGGACGGACAGAUGAAGCUACAUGAUAUUCGUAAGAAAGAAGUAGUUCUAAACUUCACGACGGGCAGUACGAGUGUCCGGGAUGUUCAGUGGUGCCCGUCACAAAUCAACUACUUUGGUUUUGCCGCAGCAGAUGAAGCUGGCACACUCAUGAUUUGGGACAUGAGAAGGCCAGACAAAGUAGAGAAGCAGGUUACGGCCCACAGUGGACCUGUGUUCGCCAUAAACUGGCAUCCCGAGGACAAAAACUGGCUCGCAACUGCCGGCAGGGACAAAAUGAUCAAGAUCUGGGAUGUCCCGAAGUCCAAAUGUCUGCACACUAUACACAGUAUUGCCUCCCUUGCCCGCAUCCGAUGGCGACCUCAACGGAAAUUCCAUAUCGCAUCGUGCUCCCUCCUCGUUGAUUGCAGCAUCAACAUAUGGGAUAUAAGGAGGCCCUACGUGCCAUUUGCUACAUUCGACGAUCAUAAAGAUGUCACAUCAAGUCUGUUGUUUAAGAACAAGGACCCCCAUGUGAUGAUUAGCGGUAGCAAGGAUUCCAUGUUGAGUCAACACGUGUUUCGGGAUGCCAAAAGACCAGGGGAGGACCUGGUUCCCUCUGGACUUGACCUUAGUGUACAUGGCAUGGUCGGUCAUGCAAACAGCGACAGACAGGGGAAGCUGUCUGAGUUCCAUCCCCAGUCGUCGUACUUCAGCAAGCGUACCGGGGACAAGACGGACCAUUUUGUGGAUGUGAUUCCGUACAUGCAGGAGUUCUCUAAUACUGGCCAGGUACAACCAGUCGAGAAUCUACAAAGUUGGGUUGAGACUGCCAAAGAGUACGAGUUGGUUGGAAAACCUGUGGAUGAAUUGUGUCGACACAAUAGUAAAGUGGCGGCCAAUUUGGACAGACAUCAGGUUGCCCAGGCCUGGUUAACAGUGCUGACCCUGUAUAGCAUGUACAGCGUCUCGGAAACCAAGGUGUACAGUCAGAAUAGAACAUUUUCUGUUCUCUCCUCUACUACUCAAGAUAAGUCCGAGCUAGAAAAAGCUCGUUUGAACAAGGAUGCCAAGGUGGAAACAGACAUUGAGGAGAAAGUUUUGGAUGGAACUUCCGGAAAUUCAGAUGAAGAGACAGAUGACCGUGAAAUGUUUGACACAAAACUGUCAAGUAUCGCCCGAGGCCAAGUGAACCCAGACUGGGACAUCCUGUUUCAAGACGGCGAGCCCGGGGGAGGGGACGACUUUUCCUACCUAGAGGGACCAGCCCUUAACAAGAUUAAAGAUUGGCAGCUGCCAUCAGAAGCAUUCCACCCACGGCAUGAGAUUCAUGAUCGUGAAGCCCCGUUAGAACCCCUGCAGUCUAACUACAGUCAUGUAGGCUCCUCGGUUGACAGUGACCAGGCCAAUACAGUAGUCAACAAGAGCUCAGGAGAGGGUAUUGGUAUGACAAGCCUUAUGGUGGACAUGGCCAUGCUGGAGACUGGAGACUGGGAGUUUGCUAAUAUAGUUGUAGAUAUGUUGACAAACAUGGCUGCCGAGGGAGAUGUGCAGACCCCAGUCAGCAUGUUGAUAGUUUUAAAGGACAAGCUCCGACAGUAUGUGGACACUGAUCUACAAGAAGACUGGUUCCUCUCAUACAUAGAACUUCUGGGCAGGUUUAAACAGUGGACUAUAGCCAACUUUAUCAUCAAGAUGAGCAAGCUUCCGUCUGUGUCCAUGCUUAAUCAACAAUCUACCUCGAUACACGUCAACUGUAACAUGUGCAAUAGACCCCUUGCUAGAUCUGGAUGGCUGUGUGAUCGCUGCAAGGCAAUUAUAAACAGAUGCUGUAUAUGCUCACUGCCAGUAAAAGGGAUGUUUCUGUGGUGUCAGGGUUGCUCCCAUGGUGGUCAUAUUCAACACAUGAAAGACUGGCUGUCAAGAAACAUUGAGUGUCCCACUGGGUGUGGCCAUGUAUGCGAAUACACUUGAUUUUUUUUAAGAAAGCAUUAUGUGCUCCACAUAUGGAAACAAUUCAUUGGCUUUUAAGAAAUAUUGAGUGCCUCAUUUGAGGUUGCAAUUAGUUUGCAAUUAGUGUGCACUUAAAAGGUUUCACAAAAUAUUGGGCACACCACAUGUGAAUUUCCUUCAUUGGCUAUCGAAUAAACAUUGAGUGCUGCACAGGAUGUUUAAGUACAAGUAAGUAUACUUGAUAGUUGUCAAGAGACAUUGAAUGCCCCUUAUUUGAACAUGACCCAUUUGCUUCCAAAAAAUUUUGAAUAGAGGCUGCAAUAUACAUGUAUAUGUGAAUAUGAUAGAUGGCUGUUUGGAAACACUGAGUUUGUCAUAUGUGAUUUCAACUUCUUGAGCUCCAUAAAGAACCAUUGAGUGCUACACUGGAGGUUGUCAUAUAUUUGAGUGUACUGAAUAUCUGUUGGGAAACAUUCCAUAGGUCAUAUGUGAGCUCAACUUAUUUGGUUAUAACAAGAACCGUUGAGUACUCCACAGGGUGUUGCCAUAAAUGUGAAUACUGGUUGAGAAGCAGUUUCCGACAGUUUUUAAACGUUUUUAUUGAAUUAUUUAUACGUGUUUAAAUAUCUACUGAAAGUGUUCACAUUUUAUAUAACUACAGCUCAAGUUGCUAUUGUCGAUAUAUUUCUAACAUGUGUGACGUCACAUAAUAGUGUAUCUAAUAGGGGCGCAAAGAGGGUACUUACGUUGUUCUGAUUAGCUUGUGAUGAGAAGCAGUUUCCGACAAUCUGAAUGCGGGGCAUAUUUGAGGUGCCUGUUGUGUGUUUUUAUUAUCCGUUUAUUUAAUAAACUAAACAUAAUCCUGUAAUAAGAGAAAUGUUAUUUAAUUUUUCAGCAUUUACAAAAAAAUUUAAACCUUAAAAUUUACGACUUUCAAUUCAUACUCGAAAUCAGGCAGAGACUGAAUAUCAAUGAUUUUUUUUAUUCAUUUCUGAUGAAAACUUGUGUUUGUAUACAUCUAAGUGAAUGUGGAUGCGAAACAAGCAUGACACCAGUGUUCACAAAUAUGUACACAAUGAUCAUCGUUUGUAUAAGUCAAUUAAGGAAAACCUUGUAGCUAUUCAUAGAUAUGCAAAUUAGGUUCACACGCAUGCGCAAUACGCUGCGCGUGCAGAUCCCCCACGUGCAAGUUUGUGUACAAAAUGAAAAAUAAACAUUAAACAUUAAAUAAUAAUAAAAGUUUUUUACGUGUCUCGGAAAAAAAAUCAGCUUUUGAUUGCCUAGUUACCAUAUAGCUGAAUUGCAGUUCAUUCUUUAUGAAGAUCUAUGGAAGGUACGCGAAAAAGCGAUUUGUCGGAAACUGCUUUCCGUCGGAAACUGCUUCUCAACCAGUACUCUUGCAUGGAUUGCUUUAUAUUUGAGUAUAUUUGAUUGGCGACCAAGGAACGUUGUAUGCCUAAAUACCCAUUGAGUUUACCGUACUUAAAAACACUUCAAAACUGCCAAGAACAUCUUGAUUAUCUGUCAAGAAGAAGGGAACUCUUCAUAAGAAGUAAUCUUACAUCAGAAAGUUUUGCCCACAUUUUAUGGUCCAAUCAAUCAAUCUAACCAUAUAUAAUAUAUAUAUAUAUAUAUUGUGUAAAAUUAUAAGUUACUGUAGUCAGCAAGCAAUUACCUUUUAAUUGAUUCCAAAAUUAAAUGGGGUCACUAGAAAUAAAAAACAAACAAACAACAAUAAUUAUGUUAAUGGUACAUAUCUGUAAAUAACCAUUGAGUGGAACUGCAUUGGAAACAUAUAUAUACACAUGUGUUUAAAAUAAUAUGUGGUAUAUACCUUGUUCCUCAUAUUAUGAUGUUAUCUAUUGAGAUGAAGCACAUUAAAGUUCAGAAAGAUUAAAAUGAAUACAAGGGCGGACCCAGGAGGUGGCGUAACUUAGGGGCGUAACCUUUUGACCUGCGCCCCUCUCUCAGAACCAAAAUCUAUAUAGUUUAAAGUAUAGGCAGGGGACGCUUCCCCUAGAAAAUUUGAUCAAAAUUUUGUCCAAAAUAGUGCAUUUUGGGCGUAUUUUAUUACCUUUUUACUCCUUUAUUGAAGUUUAAAUAAACUUUC